UUAUUAUUCGGACCUAUUUCUCAUUGGUCAAAGGUAGUUGUUAUUGUAUGGACGUUUCUCUCAUUAGUCAGAGCUAGUUGUUAUUAUUCGGACGUAUCUCUCAUUAUUCAAAGCUGGUUGUUAUUAUUCGGACGUAUCUCUCAUUGGUCAAAGCUAGUUGUUAUUAUUCGGACGUAUCUCUCAUUGGUCAAAGCUAGUUGUUAUUAU